AUGAAACCAACAACGGACUUUGCUCUCCAAAUGCCUUCACAUACUCCUUCCAUUCAUCAUAAUCAUCAAACAAUAUCUCGAAAAAAUAAACAUAGUUAUUCAAGUAAUAAUAAUUUCAUUUCGGAUAAAUCUGAACAUUUAUACCAACUUCAAUUGCAACGUCAACAACAACAACAAUUUUAUGAUCAACCAAAAGAUAUUUCAAUACCAAUUUACGAGGAUCAUUUCAGUUAUAUACAAGGUAGUUGCAAUUCUUCAAGAGAUUCUGAUAGGCAGAUGACGGCGACGAUAAAUAAGCAUACUCCAAAUACUCCACGAUUAAAGCAUCACCCUCAACCUCAAUUAUACCAGUCCCCAAAUUUAUAUAGAUUAUCCUUGCAAUUAACGACUGAGCUAGAUAUACAUAAAUGGUGGGAUAACGUAAUCGAUAUUUUCACUUCUUCUUAUCAUGCUACGAGGAUUUUAUUAUCGGUACCCCAUGAUUUAACUGAUACUAUAAAUACUCCUUGGGGCGUAAAAGCUAUAUAUAAUAAAGACUCUUGUUGUCAAAAUAAUACUUGUUAUUCAGAAAGUGCUACUGAUAGUUGCUCUUCUGCGUCGAGUGAUACUGGACAUCCGGUAUUUGAAAAUUUAAAAAGAUUCGAUUGUGAUUCUGAACCUUUAGUGGAUAAUGCUGGUAUUCUUAGAAUUUUACGUUGUGGAAAAAUUAUCGUCUUAUCUAGAGAGUAUAGAUUACCGGGUGAUGAUACUACUCCAACUAAUAAUAAAAUUAAUAAUUUUACUAAUUCAACAUCAACAUCAACAAUUAAUGAGGUAAAAAAUAAUAAUUCAAGAUCAAAAAUUCGUAAAAAUUUACGAUCAACUGACAAUAAAGGUACUAUUCAAAAAAAUCUUGAUUGGGAUAAUUUUAAAGAAAAUCAUUUUAAUAAUGAACAAGGCUCGUCGUCAUGGGCGGGGGUACUGGAUACUCCUUGUUUAAAUGAUUUAGAAGAAGGUCAGGGUAGUUAUUUUCAAGAUGAUGAAAAAUCUUCAAGUUAUUAUCCUAGGUUAUCUGAUUAUGAAGAAUUCGAACAACAACAACCUUCUCCUUGGUCUCAGUCUCCUGCUCCAUCUCCUGCUGUAACUGAUCCAAACUUUAACCCUUUCUUUCAAGCUAUACCUGAAAUUGAUGAAGAUGCUUUUAAUCCUUCGUCGUCAAGUUCUUCAUCUCCUGAACUUUAUUCUUCACGUAACUUUAAUUAUCCAACCGUCAAUGAUAACAAUGUUUAUUCCAUUGUACAUAUUCCUUUAAUUCAUCCUACCACUGUUAAAAAAAAUGUGGCUCCUACAAAUUCAAAUCAUGCUCCUGUACCUAUAGCAAUUUUAUCUUUUCUUUCAUGUAUUGUACCUUAUCCACCGGAUUUACUUAAAUCUUUAAAAGGUUUAGCUCCGUUCUUGGCAACAACUUUAUCAGUUUCAAUGAUACAUCAACAAUCUGUCAUCCAAUUAUCUCGUGCAACUCCUACUAGAGAUUUUAAUUCACAAAGACGUCGUAGUAGUCAAUUUUCUAAUGUAAUUCCUACUACACUUUCUGCUGGUUCUUUUGGCGCUGAUGAUGAAUUUAGUUUAUCAUCUGGUGAAUGUUCAACUGCAUCAUCAAAUGCUUCAAAAUGGGAAUAUACUACGGUCUUCCCUCCUUCUUAUGACCGUAGUCCAAGUUUAAAUUCAGAUAAUGAAACAAAUCCAUUUAGUAAUAUACAAGAUUUCACAAAGUCUGAUGAUUAUGAAUUUACUCCGGUUUCUGAUGCUACACCUUUAACAAUGGGCUCACGUUCUCUUCCAUCUAAUUUGACGGCAUCACAACGUACGAUGAAAAAUCGUAGAAUUUCUUUACCAGCAGAUACUAAUUCUUGGCAUCGUAAAAGACGUCGAUCGAAACGUGAUAUUCUAAAUACUAAAAUGCUUCGUUUGAUGGUGGAUCUUAUGCCAAGCGCUGUCUAUACUUGUUCCCCUGAAACUGGUGAUUGUACCUGGGUAAAUAUGCGACUAUUAAAAUAUACUGGACUUAACUUAGAAGAUUUACUUGGGCGUGGGUGGAUAGAUGUUAUACAUCCUGAUGAUCGAGAUAGUGUUUUAGAAAUGUGGAAUACUACAUUUUCCCGUGGAGAAGGAUCAAGCGCUGAUUAUCGUAUGAGAAGAUUUGAUGGACAAUACCGUUGGUUCCUUGGUCGUGCUGGUCCAUUACGUGACGCUAGAGGUGUAAACAUUCGUUGGUUUGGAACUUGUAUUGAUAUUCAUGAUCAAAAAUUGGCGGAACAACGCCAAAGUAGACAACUUCAUAUAGAAGCUAAUGAAAAAAAAUAUAGACUCCUUGCAGAAGCAAUACCUCAAAUAGUAUUCACUGCUACACCUAAAGAUGGUAUAACAUAUGUAAAUAAUAAAUGGUUUGCUUAUUCCGGUCAAACCGAAGAACAGGCAAAAAAUUUAGGAUUUUUAUCACACGUUCAUCCGGAUGAUCGUGCGAUUUGUCGUUUACCAGAAGAUUCUCAGUUUGAUACAGAAAUGGGUUAUUCGAUUGAAGUUCGUCUGUUGCAAAGUGAUGGAAAAUACAAGUGGUAUUUAAUAAAUUGUAUUAGUGUUGAAGUCUCUGAACAAGGCCGCAAAUGGUUGGGUACUUGCACUGAUAUAAAUGAACAUAAAGUAUUUGAGCAAAAACUUAAGGAAGCUCAUGAUGCAGCUAUAAAGUCAAGGGAAAAAAUUCGCACGCCGUUGAUUGGUAUUACUGGUAUGAUUAAUUUCAUGCUAGCAACCAGUUUAACAACAGAACAACUUGAUUACGCGCACACAAUUCAACAAUCUGCUGAUGCAUUGCUUUUGGUCAUAAAUGAUAUAUUGGAUCUGAGUAAAGUUGAGGCUGGAAUGAUGAAAUUGGAGGUGGAGCCUUUUUCACUUCAUAAUAUGAUCGAGGAUACAAAUGAAUUGCUUUCAACAUUGGCAAUACAGAAAGGUCUUGAGCUAAGCUUUAUAGUAGAUGAUAAUGUUCCAAACGUAGUGUGUGGAGACAGAAUAAGGCUACGUCAGGUCUUGUUAAACGUUAUAGGGAAUGCAAUAAAGUUCACCACGAAAGGAGAAGUUUUUUCACGUUGUUCUAUAAAUUCGGAAGAAUCUGAAAAUGAAAUAAUAUUAUUGUUUGAGGUUAUUGAUACUGGUGACGGAUUUGACUCUGAAGAAGAGGCCGUUAUGUUUAAGCCAUUCUCUCAGGUGGAUACUUCCUCAACGCGGAAACAUGGAGGCAGUGGACUUGGAUUGGUCAUAUCCAGGCAAUUAAUAGAACUGCAUGGAGGCAAAAUGUUUUGUAAAAGUAAAAAAGGUUCUGGAUCAACGUUUUUUUUUACAGCCAAAUUCAAAAUACCACCCGAUUCCACAGACCCUCGUCCAUCAACGCCAACUUCUGAAGAGUUUAAUCCAUUUCUACGGAGUAGCAAGAUUGCAGUGCAAUCAAAAUCUAUGGAGCAGAGUGAUUUGAAUUCCCCACCUACUUCAAAUUCAACAAAUUCAACACAGUCAUCAUUAACAAAUCCAUCUUCCACGUCAACUACCAGUCAAAGUUCCGAUCUUUCAAUUUCACUUUCAGAUCCAUCUAAUUAUAUAGAUUCUAAUAAUACUUAUUAUGAUUCAUCACUUUCUGAGUCACCUUCAAGUGUAUCAUCACCGAGACCCUUAUCACCAAACAUUUCAAGGCCUUCUACCCCGUCAUCCAAGUUCCUAAAACAUGUUAAUUUGCUCCAUCCU